UAGAAUAGACGUUAAAAAGGGUCAAUUUGACCUGCAACAUAACAGGAGGGUUAAUAAUACAUUUACUUGUUCUGGUGUUUACACAGAUGAUGGACAGCCAAACUUUUGAUUACGUUUUUAGGUAUCCGCCAUUUUGAUUUCCAAAUCUGACUGAUAUGUCGUUGUCUGCUUGCUAAAGUAUAAUUUGUGGCCGUGUCAACACAGCAGCUCGACAGAACCUGCAGCCACCGAGUAGUAAGGGCGGUGUAAGUGACAUUGCAGCCGGGGGAGGAAGGAAGGGGGGUAGUAGUGUCUUCAAGCUAACAACGCAGUCAUGAGCAGCCUGGCAUCAUGGGCCUCUGGGUGACCUGCUGACAGACAAAGUCGCUGUUAAGCUUGCAGAUGACGACUGAUGAAAUGAUGGACGUAAGUAGUCGGAGGGUUUGAAUGAGGAGGACAUCGUUAGCCAGGCUGCAGCCGUCACUAACACCUGAUGUAAGCUUGUAAUGUGACCGACAUUAACCACCAUUUACAACCUGCAUGCAUGGUUGCAGCCAGUCUCUUCUGAAUUCGGGUGUCUACAUUUUGUGAAUUUGCCUAAGCUGUCUGAUGUGCACACUGAGCAAUGUCAAUAAGGCGAAUGGUCGUUUAGCAAGUUCUGACUGAGGGUACAAGUCCUUGUCCAAAAAUAAGUGUGUGUGCUUGUGACGUCAGCCAUGUUUUGGAAAUUUGACCUACACACCUCCUCUCAUCUGGAGGCUAUACUGGACAAGGAAGAUGUCACACUCGAUGAGCUCAUGGAAGAGGAAGAUGUGCUGCAGGAGUGCAAGGCCCAGAACAGGAGACUUCUCCUGUUCCUGUGCCAGGACCAGUGUAUGCAGGAGCUGGUCCGUAUGAUUACCACAGAGCCCCCUGCUGGUGUAGAGGAGACAAAGCGCUUCAAGUAUCCAAAUAUAGCAUGUGAGCUGCUGACAUGUGACGUGGGAGUGAUCAAUGAUAAGCUGGGUAACGAGGAGCCUCUGCUGGAAACUCUUUAUUCCUUCCUGGAGCAGCCAUCCCCCCUUAACCCCCUCUUGGCAUCUUUCUUUAGUAAGACUAUUGGGAACCUCAUCACAAGGAAGACUGAGCAGGUUAUUAGUUUCCUGCGACGGAAGGAAGGAUUCCUCUCCUUAGUCUUGAAGCAUAUUGAUACAUCAGCCAUGAUGGAUGUGCUGCUGAGACUCAUCAGCUGUGUCGAGCCUCCUCCCCUUCGACUCGAGACACUUACUUGGCUGAAUGAAGAGAAGCUGGCCCAGAGACUCAUAGAGCUCAUUCACCCCGAGAGAGAUGAAGAGAGACAGUCUAAUGCAUCACAGACUUUGUGCGACAUCAUUCGCCUGAGCCGAGACCAGGCCAAUCAGCUCCAAGAGAUUUCACAGCCUGACCCUUUGCUUACUGUGCUGGAGUCGCAGGAGUGUGUAGAACAGUUGUUGCAAAAUAUGUUCUCAGGGGAAUGUAGUGAGAGCUGUAUCAUCAAUGGGAUUCAAGUUCUUCUCACAUUACUGGAAAUCAGGAGGCCCGUGGUGGAUGGUGUAAUGGAUGCUCAGGGAUUUGAAAGGAGUUACACUGUUAACAGCAGCAUUUUGUUGGCCAUCCAACCACACCUGAAACACUUCCACCAGCUACUUCUGGAGCCACCCAAGCGAAAUCCCAUACUUACCACUUUGGGUGUGCUGGAGGAACCACUUGGGAACACACGUCUGCAUGUUGCCAGACUGGUGGCCUCUCUGCUUUACACCAGCUCUGCGAGCCAUGCAGUCGUUGCACAAGAACUCUGCCGUCUCAAUACCAUGGAUCUGCUUCUGGACUCAUUCUUCAAGUACACAUGGAACAACUUCCUGCACCUCCAAGUGGAGCUCUGUGUUGCUGCCAUCCUCCGGCCCUGCGCCCAUGAAAUGAGACUUCAAACUGGCAUGGGAUCCCAGGAAAAAUUCAAGUCUAAUCCGGAGGCUCCACAGGAACAGGCUGUGUCUGAAACCCCUUCUGAACCGCCAAUCACCCCUGACAACUCUGCACACAAUCUGAUGGUGACACAUUUGUUUCAGCACUGCCACCUUGUCCAGAGGAUUCUUGGGGCUUGGGAAGAGAAUGAUAAAUUACAGUCAGAAGGUGGUAUGAGAAGAGGGUACAUGGGACAUCUGACUAGGAUUGCCAACACAGUAGUCCACAACUUGGAGAAGGGCCCAGUUCACACUCAGAUUAGUAGCCUAAUUUCAGAGCUGCCAGAAGACUGCAGAGGGCGCUGGGAAACUUUUGUGGAUCAGACUCUGUCAGAAGCCAACAGGAAGAACACUAUAGACCUGAUGUUUUUUUGUGACCAGGUUGGCAGUGGAAACCCACGCCCUUCUUCAGAGGAUGAUAUGGAGAGCCCAUUCCCUAAAGAGCUGACACUACAGCAGGCCUUUUCAGACUACCAGAUCCAGCAGAUGACGGCUAACUUUGUUGAUCAGUUUGGCUUCAAUGAUGAGGAGUUUACCGAUCACGAUGACAGCAUUGGGGCAACAUUUGAUCGUAUUGCAGAGAUCAAUAUUAACAUUGAUGCAGGCCAGGAGAGUGCUAAUACAGCUGUGUUUGAGGCUUGUUCCAAGGAGAGGAUUCAGCCCUUCGAUGAUGAUGAGGAGGACAUUUGGGAAGAGAAAGAGAUCAACUUUGCGACACAAGCCAAGGCCCGUAACAGGUUUGGUGGGUCACAAUCAUCCCAGAGCUCAGCGACCAGUAAGGCUUCUGAUAGAACAGCAGCUCCUGGCACAGGGGCACCUACCAGAGAACAAAACUCAGACUCUGAGGAAGAAGAAGAUCCUAAAGAUGACCUGGAUCCUUUCUCAAGUCUGGCCCACAGCGAUGCAUCCAAGAAUACAGGCUGGAUUGCAGACUUUGGGGAGGUGAACUCACAGGCUCCUGCAGCAGGAACAGGAUUUUCAGCCUGGGGCUCUACAGACCCCCAACCAGCUGCCACAGAUACUGAGGAGAAAGGAUGGGCCAAGUUCACUGACUUUCAGCCUUUCUGCUGCUCUGAAACAGGCCCCAGAUGCAGUUCUCCUGUGGAUUCGGAGAUUAGCGGAUCAGACAACACCAAACUAAACCAGAACCCGUGUGUGUGGAGUGUGUGCGUGGCAAGAAAAGCUCCACUGGUGGCAUCCGACUCCUCCUCCUCCAACAGCUCAGACAGCGACGAGGAAGAAGGGAAGACAGAGUCCUCAACCAGUGAGACCAUCACCACAGGGGCUGGCAAGGAGACCAUUCGGCUCACUGUGGAUGCCAAAAAUGAGAGGGCAGUCUUCAGCAGUGAUGCAGAGAAGGUGCCAGCAGAGGGACACUCCAUCAAAGACAAAGAGAGUGAAAAAGGAACCUCUCCCAGCCCAUCUUCGGCCGGCCCAACUGCGCAAUCGGCUGCUGUCACACAGUAAGUAGAGAAGCAGCCCUCAGCUAAUGGACCGGGUUAACAAUGCAGCACAGACACGCACACAAGCCACAGCUUCACACGCUUCAUUCAGAACACAAACAUGCAACCUUUGCUUCCUGUUAGCAGCUCUCCAACACCCCCUCAUGUGUCUGAAGAAGAAUGGGAGACCCUCCUCACAGCUGAGGUCAAACAGCCCUUCACAGUAUGUACACUGGACACACAAAGCUACACAUGGGUGACCCCGAUCUCUCCCUACACCUUCAUGUCAUUAUUACAACUGAAUGGCUUCUAAGAGGAUGCGUGUUUUUAGAAAAACAUUUUGUAGUGCCAGAACCCCAAAGCCAAAUCAUGUUACAUACUUAUGAGCUGUAAAAAAUUUGAUUUUCCCAUUGACCUUUGUGAAAACACUGUAUACUGUUGUCAUGAGCAGAGGCUACACACAGUGUGUCAGCCGUGGCACUUUAAUACUAAAACAAAUACAUGAGGCUAAAAUUACACCUUUUUCUUUAAUGCAGCAUCAAAGUUUCAGAUUGUUUGAGCAUGUUGGCUCUCUGGGAAUAAAAUCACAGCCCAGAGAUUUUUUUCUAUCCAAGCAAUUGACUGUUUACACUUUAGUAAAAGACUGUAUCUGAAUAAUCAGCCAAGACUAAAAAUGCCAAGAUACUUGCAAGGCUAGCUGCCAUUUUCACUUCAGCAUUUCAGUGUACACAACAGGCAGAAUUUUAAUUAGUGCAAUUAAUGUGCAAGUGACGAUAAUUUGGCUUCAUUCUUUCAACUGUGCAACCUUGAUCAAUUCUCAGUCCAAGGUAGAUGUCCUUUGCUUUGACCGUUUAGAACAUACAGGCUUUUGGUUCAAUCGGAGCAUCAUGUGUUACUUCCUCCUGAAACCUCAGACAAACUCAUGUUGUUUAGAGGUAUGUGUGUGCUGUUGUUUGUGUGUGUGUGUGUGUGUGUGUGUGUGUGUGUGUGUGUGUGUGUGUGUGUGUGUGUGUGUGUGUUUUUGUGAGAGAGAGAGAGAGAGAGAGCUCUGUCAGAGGUACAGGGUACAUUCUCAGGUCAAAAGAGAUGUGUGCAGACACAAAGAAAGCACACCUGUGAACAUACACGCGCAUACACACACACACCCCCAAACAAUCAUUUAUACAUGUACACAACCGAAUCUAUAAAUACACGCAAAAAAAAGAACAAAAAACUCCUACAGGACACAGUAAAGUGCACAUAUUAAUUCAUAUCACCCUCAGAGCUGUUUCAAUGUAAUAUUGUGACAUUUGAACCUGUAUUAGGUUGUGGCUAUUCUUGGUAAUAUGUAAACGUACUAUUAAUGUAAACAGUAUAUAUAAACAUUAUAUCUAUUUUUGGAAUAAAUCCAACGUAUGGAAAGGCGGUUGUUUUGCAGGAUGCAACGUGUGUAUCAUGUAUGUGUGUGCUGUACUGUUGAAAUGAGGCAAUAAUGACGUGUGUGUUUCCGUUAAUACCCCAGCAUCAGUUCCUGCUCCUCUGAUAAAUGCGUCCUCUGUGGAGGUUUGGGUGUGUGUGUAUGUAUGUGUGUGUGUGAGUGUAAGUAUUCUGCAAUAUGUCCUCCUUGUUUUUACUUAAUAGAUCAUUUUGGUUUAGUAGAACUUUGAUCCAUUUUUUUUUUAUCUGCUUUUAACAAGAUGACAGCUUAACCAGUCAUAAUACAGAACAGUCACCACAAAGCAGACUGAAACACAUCAUCAACUUUGACAUAUUAUUAGUUUGCAUAUUUUCUUUGUGAGUAGAUUGGGAAGAAUACAAUACGCUUUAUUUGAUCUUAAUCAUGUAGUUUUGGUUUUGGAGUUUUCUCUUUUCUUUUGUCAAUGACUGAUUUUAACCCUCCUGUUAUGUUUGUUCGUCUGGAACAGCAAUAAUGUUCCUGGGUCAAUUUGACCCGGGGCAUAUUCAAUUAUCCAAAAGUGUCAGAACCCAAAAUUUUUAACUCCAUUACUAACAAUUUAAAUCAAGAUUUAGUCCAUUGGUGUUCUUUAAUUCUCACAGAUCAUGGUUCAAUGAGGAUAACUCGUUUUUCAUUAAAAAUCAUGUUAAAACUUUUUUUAAUAUACAUUGGAAAUCCCAUAAUAUAAAUACAAUAGUUUAACAUGACAUAGAUUUUUGUUUAUUUUAUUUUAAAAUUUGAAUGUAUUUUUUUUUUUUUUAUGAAGUGAUGUUGAUAAAUUAACUCGACUCCUCUUCUGUCACAUGUUGCCCAGAUUUUUAUGCUGCAUUUAUCUGGUUUGGAAGGCAUAUAUUAUCAAAAAUAGACUUUAAAAAGGGUCAAUUUGACCCGCAACAUAACAGGAGGGUUAAAAACAUAUGAAUGUUACCAACAGUUAGAAGUAACAAUGUGAUCACUUAGGGUUGGGAGAGAUUGUAAUGAACAGUUACCAUUUUUUCCUGAAUGACAAUAUCAGGUAAUGGACCAUUAGGGUUGCAAAGGGGUGGAGAAUUUAAGGUAAAUUUCCGGAAAGUUUCCAGUAAAUUUCCAUGGGAAGUUGAGCUGGGGAAUUUUGGAAAUAUUCCAAAUUUGAAACUUUUUAUGGGAAUUAUGGGAAAUAAUGGGAGUUAACUGGGAAUUAAUGGGAAUAUAUUGGAGUUGAGGGUAAUUUAAUGGAAAGGUAUCAUAUCCAAGCAUAAAUAUGUUUUGUUAUACGCAGACAUCCAAAAAAAUAAUACAAUAAAAAACAGAUGUAUUUGUAAGUAGAACUUUAUCAAGUGUUAAAUAUUUUAUUGAACAAUCAAUUCUUUCAUUGAAGAACAAAAACAUGAAUGUUGAGUUAAAUAUUACUCAUCCCCCCGACCCAACCCAGUAGCAAUCUACUGUAUGAAUACAUUUAUUUGUGAUAUUUGUAAGUUAAACAUUAGUACCAUACAACAAAUUAGUUAAUAUAUAUUACCACGUAAUAUCAUCAAAACUUACUUCACGUUGUGUAGUUCACAGGCUCAAAUAUGUGACUUCAAUAGUCUUGUGCUUUGGGCUCAAAAGUGUGGUCAAGGAUUCUAGAAAUCAUCUGUGCAUGUGAUUGAGGAAUAGCAUAGAUAUUCAACUGUACUUGCAUUAAAUCUGGUUGUUUUAGUCAGGAUUAUGCUAAAAUAUAUUUUCCCCUACUAUAUUUAAGUUCCCUAUUAAGAGCCAACCUUCAGUUUAGUAAAUUCCUGGUUUAUUCCCGUUUAUUCCCAUAGAAAGUUUCCAACUUUGAAAAUUCCUGGAAUUUUGCAACCCUAUGGAUCACUCUACAAUGUAUUGAGGUAAUCAUAACAGAUAGAAAUCUUGAAUAUCAGUAAAAACAAGACCAAGUUUGAAAUCAACCAAAAUGAUCUUUUAAGCAUGCAUGAGCCAAACAGUCAUGCUUUACUUUCUCUUUCUCCUCAUCUCUCUCUUUCUCAGGGCAGGAGUUGACUUUAAUUGCAUAUAUGCCUAUGAAAUUAUUUACUUAGAUUGUUUGUAUUUAUUUUGAAAGCACUUUUCCAAAAAAAGCACUUUUGGUUUGUAUUUGGUGGUGGCAGGUGCCGUCACAUUAAUCCCCACUCAGAGAGGUGGAGAUGUUUGACUUGAAUGAGUGAAUCAUGUAGAUACUUUAGAAUAGUUUAUCUUCAAUGCUUUCUGCCAAAGUGUGUCUUCCCGACCAGUUCACGACUUGGUUUCAUAUCUGUGAAGUAGCCUCCUUUCUUGCAAUGUUCGCACAGGUGUAGAUUUAUGUAAAGCAGCCUUUCUUUCAUGUGUGUUGAAAGUCAUUUGACAGUGUUAUCAGUAGUUGAGGAGGAGGCCACACAUCAAAGAAAGAUUCACCUGUGACCACAGACAUUUAUUUUUGCUUCUAUCGGUUCAGAGCUGUUUGAAGUGAAGCUGUACAGAGAGGUUGAAGUCAGGGUAAGAGGAGAAAAAAAACAGGGCUGUCUCUUGUCAGGGUAUGUGCAGGGUCAGAAUAUAUCAUCCUGUCUUUCGGUAGACCUUAGCACUGCUUCUGACCCUUAUCUCUUUGGUUUCGGCAUAUGAUAUUUGUGUGUUUGUGUGCGUGUGAGUGAGUGUGUCUCCUUCACCCUGCGAGUCUGGUCUUUGUUUGCAGUGUAGCUACAAGUAUAAUGUGAUUUUAUGCACAAAAGCAUGAGGUACAAUACAGUCAUCUUUAAGUGCCAAUAAGUUGCACAUUAGCUUCAUUCAUAUCAUAAAGUGUGUAUUGCACAAAGAUGUUCAGAUAACAUACUUUCUCUUACAUACAGAUUCAAAUAUCUACACUUUAAUACUAGCUGAUACCAAGUAGCCCUUCAAUACUAUUGGGAUCACAAAUUAGGGAUAGACCGAUUAUCGACCGGGCCGAUUAUAGGCGCCAAUAUUCAGCAUUUUGACGCAUAUCGGCAUUGGCCUAUUUUUGGCCAGUAAGAGAUCAAUUUAAAACUAGGUUAUUUUGGCUCAUUUCUCCCUGCAGUUCCUCAUCACUGGGGACGAGCUGAGCAGCAUACGUUGUGGCCCCUACAACUACUAGUGAUUUAAAACUCAUACAACCCCACUUCAAAAACACUGAAAUAUCCCUUUAAAACAAAGAUAAGCGAAAGAUUAACAUUUCAGUUAUAUUGAAAUUUUGGGAAACUUUUAGGGAGCUUUUUAUUUGUUUAAGUUUUCAUUUAACUUCAUAAGACAUGCUGCUGAGUCUGGGAGCUCCCUGCACUUUCAGACAAAGAUGUCUAUUGUCUAACAUAAAGAAAAAAGCCUUUAACAUGUUGCAAAUCUGGAAAGCUGUUUAAAAAAUAUAUAUGUUUAAAGGCAUUUAAACAGAGUUAAGUGUUGGAGUUUGUAUUAUUCAAAAUUUUGACGCCAAUAUUUCCCCUUUUACUGCAAAUGAAUAUCGGCUCUAAAUAUCAGUUAUCGGCCUCCUUGACUACUAAUAAUCCGUAUCAGUAUCAGCCCUGUAAAAAACAUAUCGGUCUAUCACUAUUACAAAUACAUGAUGUACUGGUGGAAAAACACAGAUGUUUGAUUUGCCAGCUUUGACUUAACUUUACACUCUCUGCUGGCACCAUGUUGUUGUUGUUGUUUGUUGAUUAUUUACUUCAGACCAUUUAUUUCAAGGGAUAGGAUCUACUUGUUUAUGGUAUCCUUUAUCCUCAGUGCAUUGACUAACAUACUCAGCGUCACCUGAUACUGCAUUUUAGGAGGUAUCCCAGGCUGCUGCUGAUUCUGGUAUCGGUAUCUGAACAUCUCUUACCAUCCAGUCAGAGCCCUAAACUUCAGAGACAAUAAGCCUCUGGAUCUAAUGUCUAUUUCUUACACCAAGCUAAUUUCAAAGUUUAAAUCUACCCCGCAUCAAAGCGUAUCAUGUUUGUGUAUGAUAGUGUGUGUGAAAGUGUGUGUGGGGGGGGGGGUUGUGUUACAGACAGCUGUGUUGUAAAAAAAAAUGCCUUUUUUGUAAAGUAGACUGAUGCUGGUGUUUUUUUUUUUCAUUUAGAGAGUAAUGUGUCUGUUCCCUGUUGUCAAUUUAGCUUGUAAAUUCAGAUAUGAAUCUAAUAAAUAUGUCUGAUCAAUAAA